AUGCUGGUCCGACGCGAGGAAGAGGAAAAGGACUGCCACCCACAGCCGGGCAUCGACCUUUGCAAAAAGCCAUGGGUCUCGUCGAACAAGAUCACAUGGAUCAUUGUUGGCGUUGUGGUCGGCUUAUUGGUCGUCGCCACGACGUCGGUAUUGCUAUUCUUCCACUUCAGACGGAGGAGACGGGAGAAGGAGGAAGACAUGGAGGACAGAUCCUACAGGGCGGACUACGGGCUGGACGACCUGCCGGUAGCGGGGAAACCACGGCCGGACCACGAGAUGAGAUCGCAGGACCGGUCACCCAGCGGCUACGGCAGGCGGUCACGCGAUCCGCUGCAGGUCGGGGCUGAGCCUAAGUAUCCGCCCCCCACUCAGCUGAACGGCCAUCUAAACGCCUUCGACGACGCCGCCUCGUCCAGGUCCGGCAAUGGGUCAUCAUAUCCACCGAGCGUCAACCCCGCGUGGCCAAAGCGAGAGAGCAGCCAGUUAAAACCAUUAGAAAAUUGA